UACACCUUUUAUCUCUCUCUCUCUCUCUCUCUCUCUCUGUGUGUCUCUCUCCCAUGGCCGCUUCUGUCAAUCUAUGCUUCUCGACUCCCCUUCCUCUCUCUUCUCCCUCUCUACCUCCAGCCCAGAGCACUCUGUUUCUCACUCAUCACCUUCCACAACUCUCAAUCCUUACCCAGACCCGAACCUUGCUCAAAACUCGCGCUACGGGCGGUGACCUCUUGGGCGAUUUUGGGGCCAGAGACCCAUUUCCGGCAGAGAUAGAGAGUAGGUUUGGAGAGAAAGUGUUAGGAAAUGGUGACACCGAGCAUCGAAUUCUAAUCCCCAAUACCUCUUUUCUCUCUCUUGCCCAACAAGACUGCACUCCUGUAUCUCCAUUGCAGCCUCCACUGUCACGUGACAAUGCUCAGAAGCUGUUAAAGAAGGUUGUUGGCUGGAGAUUGUUAGAUGAAGAAGGGGGACUUAAACUACAAUGUUUGUGGAGAUUGAGAGAUUUCAAAUGUGGGGUUGAACUCAUCAACAGGAUUUACACAGUUGUGGAGGCUGCAGGGCACUUACCAAAUCUUCACCUGGAGCAGCCUAAUCAAGUUAGAGCUGAGCUAUGGACUGCUUCUAUCGGAGGUUUGAGUAUGAAUGAUUUUAUCGUUGCCGCAAAAAUCGACGAGAUAAAAACAUCAGAUCUUGUCCCCAAGAAAAGGGUUUGGGCAUAAUUGGAGCACUGUACUGUUUUCUUGAAGAAACCAAAAGAUCUGUCUGCUCAUUCGGUCUUCUCUGACAACUAAAAAGAAACUCAUGUUGCUACAGUUCAAAAAAACAUAUUCUACUUGGUCCAUAUAUUAUGCUUUUUUAAUCCUUGUGUAUAGAAAUCAUUCCCUAUCAUUUGUCAUUUGUUUUUAUUACCAGAAAAGAGUUUGGGGAUGAUGUAACUAACACAAAGAUCAAUAUGAUUCUUCUGAAGUACUCUUUAGCAAAAGAUAAUUGAAAAGGUUAAUGUUGCUAUUGAAUUACACAA